UUUAAAUGUCAAAGCCAUUGGUGCUGAUACAAGGCAUAAUGAUCCUUUGCAGGCUGUUAUCAACAAUCCUGAUGACAACCGUUUAAAUUUAAUACUACAAUUUGGUGAUAUGGCACUUAAAAUGGCAGGUCCCAAAGAUCACCUGGAAAAAGAAUAUAGUAUACUUCGUCAAGGUUCUGGUGGUACAUAUUUUCUUAGUGUUCAACAAGUUAUUGAAAAAUUACGUAUCAAACAUGCAUCUUUACUUUUGAAGUUAAAUGUAGAUAUUGACAAUUUUAAUGUGAAGUCUGGUCAUCAAUGUGCGUUAUGUAAUUACAAAUUGUCUGAAGACUGCUGCGAAAUUCUUGAUAACUUGCAAGAUCUAGAAUCUUCUAUUGCUGAUGAUGUUAAAAUGUCACUUAUUCACAUUGCUGGUUAUGUUACACGAAAUGAUAAAGAACAAACUGAUUAUGAACUUUUAGAUCAAACAACGUUCUAUUAUCAGAAAUAUGGUCAGUUUUCUAAAUUUUUGGAUCGUGGUGGAUUAAAAAUUCCAACUGAUAAUUCAUGCCAAUGGACAUUUUUUUGUUUUGUAGUUUUUCAAAUAGUUAAAGAUCAUGUAUGCCGAAAAUCUUUAAGUAGUAUUUUUAUGAUUAUAUCAGACUAUUAUUUAUUGGAUAUGGAAGAACAUCAUUGUGUAAUAUUGAGCAACAUUUUUUAAAAAAAUUUAUGUACCACUGUCACUCCAAGAUCUGGCAAAGAACCUGCACUAAAGUUAUUAAAAAUCUCUUAAAAGUCUACUUAGUUGUCUACUGUUUAUAAUAUAUUCAGU